AGUAAAACAUCUUCGUUUAAAAUGGCCAGAACCAAACAAACCGCCCGUAAAUCCACUGGAGGCAAAGCCCCGAGGAAGCAGCUCGCCACCAAGGCUGCCCGCAAGAGCGCCCCGGCCACCGGCGGCGUCAAGAAGCCUCACCGUUACAGGCCCGGUACCGUGGCCCUGCGCGAGAUCCGUCGCUACCAGAAGUCCACGGAGCUGCUCAUCCGCAAGCUGCCCUUCCAGCGCCUGGUGCGCGAGAUCGCGCAGGACUUCAAGACCGACCUGCGCUUCCAGAGCUCCGCCGUCAUGGCCCUGCAGGAGUCCAGCGAGGCCUACCUGGUCGGCCUCUUCGAGGACACCAACCUCUGCGCCAUCCACGCCAUGAGUGGACGCGGCAAAGGAGGCAAGGGGCUCGGUAAAGGAGGCGCUAAGCGUCACCGCAAAGUUCUCCGCGAUAACAUCCAGGGAAUCACCAAGCCCGCCAUCCGCCGUCUGGCUCGCCGCGGCGGAGUCAAGCGUAUCUCCGGCCUCAUCUACGAGGAGACUCGCGGUGUGCUCAAGGUGUUCCUGGAGAACGUCAUCCGUGACGCCGUCACCUACACCGAGCACGCCAAGAGGAAGACCGUCACCGCCAUGGACGUGGUCUACGCUCUCAAGAGACAGGGCCGCACUCUGUACGGCUUCGGCGGUUAAACUCUGGAACCUGAACGCAACACGAUACUGAACAACCCAACGGCUCUUUUAAGAGCCACA